AUGAAUGAUGUUCGUGACAAAGUCGUUCCUGGAUCCUGGGAAAAUGCUACAAAUCAAAGUGACUCCUCCCCGGAAAUUCAAUCUUCUCCGGGUGGUAGUGCAGAUACUCCCCAAACACCAGGAGCGCCAGCUCCUCUGGCACCCCAUCUUGCUGCUGAUCUGCAUCCUGAACUUAUGCAACAAGGAUGGCGAAAAUUUUGGUCAAAGAGAGAGAAUAGGCCUUAUUUUUGGAAUAAAGUAUCUGGGGAGUCUAUGUGGGAAUUACCAGCAGUAAAAAGAGACUUUGAUCCUAUAACAGAUCCUCUUGGAAUCUGUCAUACGGGUCCUCCCCUUGCCGGUAGUAUGACCCCUAGUGCAAGUAAACGUCGACCAUCUGAGGAUAAUGGUCCACCACCAAAAAAGUUUGUCCUAGCAGGUCCUUGGGACAUUGAGGUGUCAACUAAUGUUGUGAUAUAUGAACGUCCGCCUACUAUAUGUCCCCACCCUCACCCUGAAAUUGAAGGCUUUAGGUUCACUUUGGCUAACAAGUUAAGACAAUGUUACCAAGAACUUUGUCACACAAGAGAGAGUAUAGAUGCUCCAAAAGAUUCAUUUAAUCGUUGGUUAAUGGAGAGAAAGGUGAAUGACCAAGGUGGAUCAGAUCCUCUACUACCCAGUCAUUGUUUCCCAGAAAUAUCAAGAUCAAUGUAUGAGGAAAUUAUGAAUGAUAUACCUAUUAAGUUAACUCACCCUAAGUUUACUGGUGAUGCCAGAAAACAAUUGUCUCGUUAUGCUGAAGCAGCUAAGAAAAUGAUUGAGUCAAGAAAUGCCUCUCCAGAAAGUCGGAAAGUUGUUAAAUGGAAUGCAGAGGAUACAUUUCAGUGGCUUCGGCGCACUGUUGGUGCUACUUAUGAUGAUUUUCAGGACCGUUUGGCUCAUUUACGGAGACAGUGUCAACCGCACUUGGCAGAGACGGCAAAAGCUUCUGUUGAAGGAAUUUGCUUAAAAAUAUAUCAUUUAUCUGCUGAAUAUGCAAGAAAAAUACGAGAAAAGCACAGCAUACUCUUAAAAGAAAAUGGCAUUCAGGAGAUGCAAGCGCCUUUGCAACAAGCUGCAUUACGUAAAGUCUGGUGCUAUCCAGUGCAGUUUGCAUUGCCAGCUCCACGACCACCAUUGGUGGAACACUUCUUAGAUAGGGACCAGGUGUUAUUACGUUAUCUUGGAGAAACACAAGUUCUUAAUGCUGCAUACCUACAGAAAUUGGAGCACCUGUACCGAUUCAGUUGUUUCGAUGACAAGAAGUUUGAACUGUUCUUGUCGCGUGUCUGGUGCCUGCUGCGGCGUUAUGCUGCUUGGGUGGGCGCUGGCGGUGGUGACGCGCAUCUCGCGCAGAUGUCUGCACCGGUGCCGGUACUCGAGUGCCUCCAUCGGUGCUUUGGAGUUACAUUUGAGUGCUUCGCCAGCCCGCUCGACUGUUACUUCCGGCAGUACUGCUCCGCCUUUGCAGACACGGAUUCCUACUUUGGCUCGCGGGGUCCAUUCCUUGAGCUGCGCCCAGUGUCUGGGUCAAUGGUAGCGCAUCCGCCUUACUGUGAAGAGCUACUGGAAGCGGCUUUAAGGCAUAUGGAGCGUCUACUCCAGGACUCCGCAGAGCCACUUAGCUUUGUAGUCCUUCUUCCUGAGUGGCCAGACCGCCAAACGCACGCACUACACAAACUGCAAGCGAGUCAUUUUAAACGAAAACAGGUAGUUAUUCCUGCGUUCGAACACGAGUAUCGCCAUGGUUACCAACAUGUGCUUCCAAAGAACGAGGUAUACUUUCGGUGGGGUGGCGGCACCGUGGUCGUGUGGUUGCAGAACACAGCUGGGUUCGCAAGGUGGGGUCCUACCGACGAACGCGUGGAGGCUCUUCUAGAUGCCUGGCGACCGCGCGCUAAGUUGCGCUCCUCCGAGGAAGAAGCUUUGACGCCAAGCGCACCCCCCGCUUCUGGCACACCUGCUGACGCGGAUAUUGCCAGCCAACAGAACACGCCCCUUUCUGACAAGAGACCGUAA